GGUUAUCGCGCAAGACUAGAAAUCUUGUUCCUUCGGGAGCGUCAGUUCGAAUCUGGCCAACGUCGAUCUUUUUGCCGGUGGGACUGACUGGAUGGCCAGCUUUCGCUCAGUCGUAAACUUUUUGCACUUUGCUCAACCAUCUCAUGUUGGCCGCCAAGCUCCAUCUUGGCGUAUACACAUGCCCCAAUCCGAACAGCCAAUGACUGACUAACUUCCCAUGCCACCGCGAGCCUUUCCCCUCCCCUUCCGAGUGGGCACCGAUAUUUGCAAUGUCCCAAGAGUACGAUCUAUCAUCACGCCCCGUACCGGUGGCGACGGCGAGCCUUUGCGCCCUCUGCGUCACUACCUAAAACGAGUGUUUACCGAGCACGAGCGCCAGUACUUCUGGAAUCGCUUUGGGCCCGAAGAAUCCGUAUUGGAGAAGGUAGAUGUAAUCUCCAAAUUUCUCGCUGGCAGGUUUGCAGCGAAAGAAGCUUGCCGCAAAGCAAUUCAACACCUCGACAUUAUCCAAAGAGGGUUCAAGCACAUCAUGAUCCUCCCUGUUAGCACGGUGGACCGUAGUAAGCACCAAUCGCUACGGCCCCAGGGCUUGAUCUUGGAUAUGGUCUACGAGGAUUUCGAGCCAAGCUGGGUUGCGCCUGACGGCAAGGUUGGACUGAUCGAUAUGAGCGAGAUCGAUGGGCAGCUGUGCGAAAUUAGCAUCAGUCAUGAUGGAGACUAUGCGACUGCUGUCGCUAUCGUGCCGGUUGCGGGGAAGUAGAAAUAUUGAAUUGGAUGGUACUGGUGCGAUUGUUUUUGCUCGUCAUGUUUUGCUGGUCAAAUCCAUGGACACUGGUACCAUAGGUCUUUACCACUAAUGAAAUCUCUAACCAGGUCUGCCAC